AUGGCAGGCAAAGGCCAAACUCACGUUGCAACUAUCCCAUAUCCAAACAGUCGAGCGUCAGAGGAGCAGCAUGACGCCUUUCACAAUCUCGAUCAUCAAGUUCUUUCGCUUGGCAACGCAGACUUCUGGCCUCCUCACGAUGGGCUCUUCACCGCUGGAUUGGACAUCUUGCCAACUCUACACCAGCCUGAAACCUCCUUGCCCGCAACCGCGAGCGAAAUUGCACGAGGUGGCCUCUUGACCGGCAACCAGUCAAGAUCUGAAAUGGACUGUUCAUUCGCGGCGGAUGCAAAUGGUGCAGUCGAACUACAUGAAAGACUCCCGAGUCCAUUUCCAUACGAUAAUGUCGAAACCUUAAUCCCGAACCAUUACGGCCCCGGGUAUUGGCUUUCCAUCUGUUCUGGCCCCGGACGUGCUUGGAUUUGCAAACGGAUCGGAUCAGAUGAAUUCGAAGAAAUUUCCGAGGAGCUACAAGACAGCUGGGCGAAGGCAUUGAAGCUCGAACAUAAUGAACCUGCCUCGAAGAGUGCCGAACCGGAGCCUCAGCUUGCUUGGAAGUAUUGUAAAGCUUAUUUCGAACGAUCGGUCGACGGCUUGUUUGGUGCCGUGUACAGACCAGAAUUCGAGCGAUAUUUACGCGCGCAUCUCUCCGGCAAGCUGGACUACAAUGACUCUGCUUGGUAUGCACUUUGCAAUGUAGUGUACGCCGGUGGCUGUCGGAUAUCGCGCUCUGAGGAUCCAAGUGCUAAUUUUGUAGAUGUGCAAAGAGAGGCAUGGGGUUAUUUUCAAAAUUCGCUUUCCGUACAUAGCGAGCUGUUACUGACAAGACCAUCACUGAGGUCUGUCCGAGCAUUGUUAGCGAUGGGCCUUUUUGCGGAUGGCUUAGCAAGCCCGGCUCUCAGCUCUGGGCUGGUAUCAAACGCAGCACUCCUGGCACAGUCACUCGGUCUUCACCGUAAAACAGUCGAAAUCGGACCAAAUGGAGGCUUGGAAGCACUACAGCGGACAUGGCUCUUCUGGGGAGUGUACUGCAGCGAAAAACAUAUCGCACAAAGGUGCGGUCGUCCCUCUGUGAUAGAUGACGACGAUAUUGACUGCGAUAUACCCUCCAUAUUGCAUACAGCGAGCAGUACCGAACCGGAAAUGCUCACAUAUAUCAUCCAAACUUGUCAAAUUUACGACCAAAUCAGCAAAGAGCUACUAGCCACCCAGGCACUUUACGAACCUCCUAAGAAGAUGUUUGAUCUUGUUGCGCACUUCGAUGCCCAGCUCAGAUUUUUCAAGGAGGCGUUACCCAAACAGCUUCGACCUGCCGACUGUUUGAAGCAAUUUCACAUGCCCGGCACCCUCAAGAUGUUAGGCCUGAUGACGACUCAUUGCUCUUUUUACGACCUUCUCAUGCUUGUGCAUACUAUAUUUGCGUACCCGUGGGUUACCGAGUCGUUUCCGGGCAAUUUAGACGCUAGUCUCGCUGCCAAAGUCAAGACACAGAUUGCUGCGAGCUCACAGAUAGUCGCAGACGCUGCGCGCAGUCUUAUUGUCAUCGCAAGGAAUUUGGAUAUCGACAGAGCAGGCACUCAAUCAUUCAUGCUCCACUUUCCAAUGCAUGCGUUCAUUAACCUAUUCGUUUACGUUAUUGCAAAUCCAGAAAUACCCUCUGUAAAGUCGGACCUUGCACUUCUGGAUGUGGCCGCAGGGUACUUUGGGCAAAUGGAGUUUGUGACCGGGUCCAAACUCAGGUUUCCUUUCGCACGCGACAUUGCGGCGAUCGCCCGAAAGGUGGUGGACGAAGCCUCAGCAGCCAGCUUGUCAGACGGUCCUGCACAGAGUCUUGGUGAACCUCAAUUUCAUGCUCCAGUAAUAUCAAGGAUGGUGAGUCGUGCUAGCAAGGACGUCUGGUGCAUAUGCCUCGUUUAA